AUGACCACUCCCUCUUUUUCGCUUACCACGCACCUCAUUGAUGUUGACCCAUCGGGGUACAAAUCCGCCACCGAAACUCCCUUUCUCGCGGCGGCCGGAGAGGGGCGUCUCGACAAGCAGACCCUGGGCAAAUGGCUUGCUAACGACCGGCUCUACCUCCACGCCUAUAUCAAGGCCGUCGGACGUACGCUGUCUGUCAUCGACCUGCCGCAAACAACCCCGGAGCCAGCAACUGAGGCGGCGCCCGUGACACGAUUCGUCGACUGGCUCUUCUCUACCUUGACGGCUCUGCGGACGGAGGAGCGCUUGUUCAUCGAUGUGGCUCGCAGGUACGACCUGCCAAUCGACCUUGAGACUAUGACUACCACCGAGGGCGGAAGGCAUGUUCUUCGAGUCCCAGGCACCUCAAAGCUGCCCGGUCUUGUCAUGUUUGAAAAGCUCUUUGGGUCGCUGCACCCCGCUGCGAGCGUCGACAGGAGCCUGCCUCUCCCAUGGCUGGAAGCUGCCAUUGUCUUUUGGGGCACUGAGAAGACUUACUCCGACGCUUGGACAUGGGCCAAAUCCAAGCAGACCGGGAACGCUGGACCGGAAGAUGCAGACGGAGGUGCCUUGAGAAAGGAAUUCAUCCCAAACUGGGCUAAUAGCGAGUUCGCGGCCUUUGUUCACCAGCUGUCCGGCAUCAUUGACCAUGCUGUUUCCGAAGUGUCGAGUGUUCUGGGCGGAGAUGUUCAAAACUCACUUGUUCAGAGAUCGGAGAAGGUCUGGAGGGAGAAUCGAUCAGAAGCUAGUAUGGCGUCUACACGUUAUGAAGCCGAGGAUGUUGACCCCAGCCCUCUGGGCCAGCCCCUGAAGUUCGAAUUCAGUGGUCUGACAGCAAAGAAUCGUUUUAUGAAGGCAGCUAUGACAGAGCGCCUAUCAACAUGGGAUGCAAACAACCUCGAGAAGCGAGGCAUCCCGACACCAGAACUCAUCAACGUAUAUCAACGAUGGGGACAAGGCGGCUUUGGGGUUAUUCUGUCCGGAAAUGUUAUGCUCGAAUAUGACCAUCUCGAAGCUCCCGGAAACCCGAUCAUUCCUGUGGAUGAACCUGCUCAGGGCAAAAGAUUUGAAGCAUUCAAGGAGCUGGCUACUGCUGCGAAGAAGGAGGGGAGUUUGUUUGUGGCGCAGUUGAGCCACCCUGGACGUCAGGUGUCCGAAGACGUUCAGAAGCACCCCAUUUCUGCAAGCGAUGUACAGCUUGAGGGCGACGUCAUGGGGAUGAAAUUUGCCAAGCCUCGGCCGAUGGAACAGAAGGAUAUCAGUCGGGUUAUCGAGGGCUUUGCACAUGCGGCCGAGUACACUCACAAGGCCGGUUUCGACGGUGUUCAGUUGCACAGCGCCCACGGCUAUCUACUGGCCCAGUUCCUUGCUCCAUCAACAAACAAGCGUACCGACCAGUAUGGAGGCUCACUCCUGAACCGCGGGCGCAUUAUAAUGGAGAUUGCAGACGCAAUUAAGGCCCGUGUAAAGGAUCCAUCCUUUAGCUUGGGCAUCAAGAUUAACAGUGUCGAGUUCCAAAAGGGCGGUUUCAGUCCGGAGGACUGCGCUACGCUGUGCCAAGAGCUGGAGAAACAUGGUUUCGAUUAUGUUGAACUCUCUGGUGGUACGUACGAGGAGCUGGCGUUCACACAUAAGAGGGAAUCCACAAAGAAACGGGAGGCUUUCUUCCUCGAGUUCGCCGAUACCAUAGUGCCAAAACUCAAGAAGACCAAAGCGUAUGUUGUCGGCGGCCUGAGAACCGCUGGCGCCAUGGUGAAGGCUUUGGACUCUGUCCACGGAGUGUCACUGGCAAGACCCAUUGCGCAUGAGUUUGAUUUGCCCAAGAAAAUUUUGGAGGGCAAGGUCAAGAGUGCAAUUCAAUACAAGUUGGAUGAGCAAGACUUUGGAAUCACAAACAUGGCUGCUGGAACACAGAUCCGACUCGUUGGGCAGGAUAAGGCGCCCCUCGAUCUGAGUCAGGAAAAGCACAAGGAUGCGUUCUUGAAGUCCAUGGAGAAAUGGUCUGAAGGAAUGGCUAAUAAUAAGGACGGUUCGAAGUUUGGGUAUGUGGAUAUUGAGGGCACGCAACUUCAACCUUUUGGGGCUGCUUAUGCUUCUUGA